AUGAGAGUCCUCCUACUGCUAGUAUUUUUAUCUGACUACACUGUCGACGGUCUCUAUCAAAAAUCGCUCAACUGGAAUAACCAUCCAAAUGGAGAAUAUAAAGAUUCAACAGCCAAAUCAGAUUUUGGCAAUAUUCGAGGUUGGAAAAAUAAUCGCGCCUAUAUUUCAGGUGGCUCGCCAAGAAUCACAUUAGAAAAGAAUGCUCUGAGCGGUGCUUGCGGGAUGAUAGCCAACAUGGACUUGCCAUCAGGAACAGCUUACGAGCUUGAUUUCGAUCUCAAAUUUCAUUCUCAAUUUGACUGGAGCAGAGGAGGAAAAGUUGGCUUUGGAUUCGGUCUUGGAAACGGUAAUACAGGUUGUAAUCCAGCUACCGAUGGUAAUGGUGGCAGUCUACGUAUAAUGUGGUACAAUGACAAUUCAAAUCGAGUCUAUUUAAAACCAUAUGUCUACUAUAAAGAUAUGCCUACUAAUUGUGGAGACGAUUUUGGUGUAUCUUAUCCAUCAAGUGGCAGUUUGAGAAAAGGAGCAUGGUACAAGAUUCACUUGUAUGUAAAAAGUAACACGGGAUCUGACAAAAACGGUCAUGUUCAAGUAAAAAUUAAUGGUGCUGCUGUUCUCGACAGAGCAAUCCGCUGGACAACUAACGACAGUAAACGACAAAUCAAUCGUUUGAUGUUUCAUUCAUUUCGUGGGGGCAGUCAAACUUACUGGCAAUCAACAACCGAUGGUUAUAUCUAUUAUGAUAAUUUGCAAAUUAAACAGAUUGCAUAG